AUCCUUUGAGGAGGUUUUACAAAAAGAGUGGAUCAAGUGUACCUUUUUUCAACCUGAGUAAAAGCGUUGUUAAUGCCUUCUCUGAUAAAGUGGCGAACCUAAAACAGAUAUUGCUCGGUUUAGGCGACAUUGAAGCAAACUCAAUAAAAGCAGCGAAAUCAUCUGAGGAAUGUAUUGAACUUAUCAAGGAGAACAACCUUUUUAACCCUAGAGAUGUGAUUUACAUGCAAUACUUACUAAAGGAGGCAGGAUGCAAUGAAGUUUACGAAAAAUGCAUUGAAUAUGCAAUAAAGGCAAAAGCUAUGUGCUUUUAUGAAAACCCGCAAGAAAAUGGAUUCAUACAAGUAAAAUUUCACAUAUGUGUAAACCUUCAGGAGUACAAUGAACAAGAAAUUGCGUGCAUAAAAAAGACAGUCGAAGAUAUUUUGGAAUGCAGGGAAGAUGAAAUUAAGAUUGCAGGACUUUGUAAUGCCAAAGGUUUUAUUCUAAUUCUUUCAAUAAAGGAAAAGUACGCCAAGGACCUUACUUCAUUAAAUCAGCAUCAAUGUGAAAAACUCAAGAAACUGAAUGUGGAUUAUAUCAUUGUUGGUGAAAGAAAAAUAGAUAUGGAAAGCCAAAAAUCAAGUUUUAUGAAAAAGACCAAUGAGAUCACCAUAAAUAAGGACAAACAGACACCUGGUAGAACAGCUCGAUUCAGUUUAAAAGCUGCAGCUAUUAAACGUUACUAUAGGGACGAACUGGCUGUGCCAGCAAUUGUCGAUUUGAUAAAGGAAUGGAUCAACUCUUUUGCAGAGAAGCAGGACCUUACUCAAGACCACGACGUAUUAGCAGAUCUCCAGAGCCUGCAAGAAGAGGCAGAUGGGCGCCUAGUUCUUCAGGCAGCUCAUGCAGCAAGGCAGGGCUAUAGUGCCACAUAG